AUGUAUACGUAUGUACAGCUUAAGAAGGAGUUUAGCAGUGAAGUCGAGUCUGCAAUUGCUGCAUUUAUAGUCUAUCCUCUUCCAUUGGUCAUGCAGAUUUCACGCAUCUCUUUAAAGUCGCAAAUUAAGAAGCUAAAAAAUAUCGUUCACAGAAUCGGUUACUUAGGGUGGAAAUUAAGGAUUUGUAUACAAAGAUUUGAUAAAGAUCAAGCAAAGAAAAUGGCACUAGACAACAGCUAUAACUCAUGGGCAGACCAGUGGGACCCAGAACCAGAAUACUACAAUGGUUAUCCAGGAAGCAAGAGCAACCAUGGAAGUGGCAGCAGCAUUAAGAGUAAGGUAGGAGAAGGGUUUGAUAAGUCAAAAUCAGCAGCAACAACGGGGAUGAAGAAGGUUAAAAAUGGAACAACACUUGGAUUUCAUUGGAUUAAAGACAAAUACCACAAAACCACUCAUAAAUAA